AUGGAAACUUCUUGCUCGUUUGUUUUUGUCAUUUGUCUUUUAAUUUUAUCGCAAAUAAAUUUGAAGUGCAAAAGAUGUUAUCAAAAUAAUGAUAACUAUAAAUUGAAGAGCAACAAAUUAUGCUAUUCAAAAAAUGGUUCAAUAAUUGGAAAUAGUGAAGAAGAGAAAAAAGAAAAGACAAUUUUAAUCUCGUAUUUGCCAGCUAUUAGUCAAUUUCCAAAGAAUUUUUUCAAUUCACUGAAAUUAAUGUCAGAGUUUGAUUAUCUUGAUGCGCAUGACAAAGAUAAGAAUUAUGGUCGAUUAUCAGAUUGUUUUCGUACUGAAUUCGAAGGUGUGCAUAGUUCGGUGAUUUCUGGUGCAUUACAUGUUGCUGUUGAAGAGAUUAAUGCAAAUCCACGUUUAUUGCCCAGUUAUAAACUUGCCUAUGUUUACAAUAACACUUGUGGUGAUGAGAAAUUAAGUACAAAAUUUUUUAUGGAACAUUGGGCACAAGGUGCAAAAGCUUUUAUUGGACCGGAAAUACAUUGUCGAACAGAAGCAACAAUGGCUGCUGCUCAAAAUCUUCCACUCAUCUCUUUUAAAUGUAUGGAUGAAAAAGUCUCCGACAAAGCCAAAUAUCCUACAUUUGCUCGAACAGUUCCAGCUCAAACAGAAAUAACAGCUGCACUCAUUUCACUUUUAAAAUGUUUUAAUUGGCGAAAAUUUUCAAUUAGUGCGAUUGAUUUGGAGAAUUCACGAUUUUCGGUCAAUGAACGGCGAUAUAUGAUCAUUAAUAUAAGCACAGUGGCAUAUCCAUUUUCCGAGGUUGCUAAAUCCAAUGUCGCGCAAAUUAUUUCGGAUACUUUCAAAGCGACACGAGGUUACCUGUAUUUAACGUUUGGAAAUGUUCGUCUCUUUCGUCGGAUUUUAUUGGAAAUGGGCGAACUUGGAUUAAUGGAUGAUGGUGAUUAUGUGCUUGUUUAUCUGGAUCCAGAUUACAAUUGGUUGAAUAUGUAUCACGCGAUGAAUAACCAUUUUUUUCGAAAUACAUUGGUGCCAGUAAGUCAGUCAUGGGAUGAUAUGAAUUCUCAGGAUCGAAAGGUUGUGAAUUUUUCGAAAUCUGUGCUAGCUAUUAUACCAACGCCUGUUCAUCUUGAUACACCCGAAUUUAUAGCAUUUUGGGAAAAGGCUAAUAACUAUUUGUCACUUUUUGGUGUAUUGCGUGGGGAACCAGCUUUUUCCAUAAAAGCAAAUCGUUUUGCUUGUUAUCUUUAUGAUGCUGUUAUUUUAUAUGCAAUGGCGUUGACAUCAGUUAUCGAAGAGACUACCGAAGAAAUGCUAUUAAAUGGUUAUGAUCCGAUUUUAGAUGGUCGAAGGAUUAUCAGUAAAAUUAUCGGACGUGUUUAUAGAAGUAUUCAAGGUUUCGAUAUGCGUAUUAACAAUAAUGGCGAUGCGCAAGGCAAUUACACGCUAUUAAGUCUACAAAAAAUUUCGCCAGUCAUGGACAAAGCAAAUCCAAAUUAUUAUCCGCUUGAAUAUGGUCUUACAAUUACUGCCGAUUUUAUCCAUGAUUUUUCUGAAAAUUUGCCAAUAGUGAGAUUUAAGCGUGAAAUGCAUUGGCAAAAUGGACAUCCACCUCUCGAUGAACCCAUUUGUGGUUUUCUUAAUGAAUAUUGUCAAGCAGAAAAACUUUUGAAUAUUUGGAAAAUCGAUCCACGUGGCAUAGAGAAGGUUGUACAUUGUAACGAAUCGAGCACAUCUCUGUUUUUAGUUGGUGAUAGUCGUGCCUCACUUUUAAAUUAUGAUGAAUUCAAUGAAAAAUCUAGAAGCGGAUUAUGUGGAGUAGCAUUAUAUAAAGGAGCAAUUGUGACCAUCGAAGAACUCGGUUAUUCUCGGAAAUCAAAAGAAAUCGCUAGAGCUACAAAACUUGAAAUGAGAAUUAUGCGUCAAUUGCAUCAUGAUAAUGUCAAUUCAUUUAUGGGAAUAAUUCUGUGUAAUUCAUCAGUUUGCAUUGUUCGAGAAUUUUGUGCUAAAAGUUCGCUAAUGGAUGUUCUAAGGAAUCGUGAUCUUAAACUUGAUUAUCUUUUUAUUGCUUCUUUUGGUAUGAUAUAUUUGCAUGAAUCUGAGUUAAGAGUGCAUGGUAAUUUAAAAUCAACAAAUUGUUUAAUAACAAGUCGAUGGACAUUACAAGUUGCUGAUUUUGGUUUGCAUGAAUUACGUGAUGGACAAAUUUGGGAAAGUGAGGAAGCUAUGUGGGAAAGUUGGCUUUGGACUGCUCCUGAAUUACUUCGAGAAUCCGAAUGCAUAAGAGCGAUCAAAGGUACUCAAAAAGGUGAUGUUUAUUCAUUUGGUAUCAUUCUUCAUGAAAUGAUCACUCGUCAAGGACCUUUUAUGCUUAUCGAAAAUAAUGAAUUAUGUGCGAAAGAUGUCGUGCUAGCGGUAAUGAAAAGUUCAAAUUAUCGACCAUCAUUUGAGGGUAUUUCUGCCGCAAAUUACGUGAUUGAAACAAUGAGUAUGUGCUGGUCAGAAGCUCCUGAAAAUCGACCCGAAUUUCGCACAACCAUUCGACAUAAACUAAAACCAAUGUUUUCACCGAUUUAUAAAAGGAAUAUAAUGGAUCAUAUGAUGGUAAUGAUGGAAAAAUAUCAGAAUCAGUUGGAAGAUCUCGUUGAAGAACGAACUAGUGAGUUACAUGAUGAAAAGCGUAGGACUGAGAAUCUUCUGCAAAGAAUGCUACCCAUAUCAGUUGCACAGCAGUUAUUAAAUGGUAAGGAUGUGGUACCUGAAUCAUUUUCCUCCGUAACAAUAUAUUUUUCUGAUAUUGUUGGUUUUACUGCAAUUUCGGGUCAAUCAACUCCAUUGCAAGUCGUCGAAUUUCUUAAUAAAUUAUAUACAUUAUUUGAUCAUAUAAUCAAGCAGUACAAUGUUUAUAAGGUUGAAACAAUUGGUGAUGCUUACAUGGUAGUUUCUGGAAUACCUGAGGCACAACCUAUUGAAUUUCAUGCAGAACAGAUCGGUACUAUGGCAUUACAUCUACUUGGUGCCAUUAAAAACUUUCGCAUCCCUCAUCGUCCAAUGGAGCAGUUAAAAUUGAGAAUUGGUAUUCAUACUGGUCCAUGUGUAGCAGGUGUUGUUGGCAAGACAAUGCCAAGAUAUUGUUUAUUUGGUGACACUGUAAAUACUGCAUCCAGAAUGGAAAGUUAUGGUCAAGCGUUAAAAAUUCAUUGUAGUGAGCAGACUCACGAUGUUUUAAUUAAUAUUGAAGGUUUUGAACUCGAACCUCGAGGAAUCCUUCAAAUAAAGGGAAAGGGUCUAAUGAAGACGUUUUGGUUGACGAGUCGCAAAAAUGCUGAUUUUUCGAUGGAUGAGGACUGUAGCAUGACCGAGCAACAACUCGCUCCCGAAAUUUUUCCUCGAAAUACUGCUCGCAGUCGUUUACCUUCCUGGAUAGAUGAUCAUUGUUCUUCAAUAUCACUUAUUGGCAAAGAAACAUCAUUAUUACGUCGAAUUGUUGAACGGGCUUCAUCUCGACAUUCAUCAUUUGAUACCACACAUCAGCCACAGAAUGGAAACGAUUCAAGUCGUGUGUUAUUAUAA